AUGGCCGAGGGCGCGGGCGCGCGCAGGCGGGCGCCGGCGCUGCUCGAGGCGGCCCGCGCGCGCUAUGAGAGCCUGCACAUUUCGGACGACGUGUUUGGGGAGUCGGGCGCCGACAGCGGCGGGAACCCCUUCUACAGCACUUCGGCCGCCUCGCGCUCCUCCUCGGCCGCCUCCUCGGACGACGAGCGCGAGCGCCCUGCGCCCCCGGGGGCCGCCCCGCCGCCGCCGCCUGGCGCCCCGGCGCCCGCCGAGCUCGAGCUAGAGGACGAGGCCUGCGCGGGAUGGAGCGCGGUGUUGCGGGACCGGCCGUCCCCGCGCUUCGAGGACACCGGAGGUCCAACCCGAAAGAUGCCCCCUGGUGCCAGUGCCGUGGACUUCUUUCAGCUCUUUGUCCCAGACAACACGCUCAAGAGCAUGGUGGUGCAGACCAACAUGUACGCCAGAAAGUUCCAGGAGCGCUUUGGCAGCGACAGUGCCUGGGUCGAGGUGACACUGGCGGAAAUGAAGGCCUUCCUGGGCUACGUGAUCUCCACCAGCGUCUCGCACUGUGAGUCUGUCCUCAGUAUCUGGAGCAGUGGCUUCUACAGCAACCGCAGCCUGGCGCUUGUCAUGAGCCAGGCCCGCUUUGAGAAGAUCCUCAAGUACUUCCACGUGGUGGCCUUCCGCUCCAGCCAGACCACGCCUGGGCUCUACAAGGUGCAGCCCUUCCUCGACUCCCUCCAGAACAGCUUCGACGCUGCCUUCAGGCCAUCCCAAACCCAGGUGCUACAUGAACCCCUAAUUGAUGAGGACCCUGUGUUCAUCGCGACGUGCACCGAGCGAGAGCUACGAAAGAGGAAAAAGCGGAAAUUCAGCCUGUGGGUCCGGCAGUGCUCUGCCACGGGCUUCAUCAUCCAGAUUUACGUUCACCUGAAGGAAGGAGGGGGUCCAGAUGGCCUGGACACACUGAAGAACAAGCCCCAGCUCCACGGCAUGGUGGCCAGGAGUCUGUGCCGGAACGCGGCCGGCAAGAACUACAUCAUCUUCACAGGGCCCAGCAUCACCAGCCUCACACUGUUUGAAGAAUUUGAGAAGCAAGGCAUCUACUGCUGUGGCCUGCUCAGCUCCAGGAAGAGUGACUGCACUGGCCUCCCCCCGUCCAUGCUGACUAACCCUGCCACCCAGCCAGCUCGGGGCCAGCACCAGAUCAAGACCAAGGGGAACAUGUCUCUCAUCUGCUGGUACAACAAGGGCCACUUCCGCUUCCUGACCAACGCUUACUCCCCGGUGCAGCAGGGGGUCAUCGUCAAGAGGCGGAGUGGAGAGAUCCCCUGCCCGCUGGCCGUGGAGGCCUUUGCCGCCCACCUCAGCUACAUCUGCAGAUACGAUGACAAGUACAGCAGGUACUUCAUCUCCCACAAGCCGAACAAGACUUGGCAACAGGUGUUCUGGUUUGCCAUCAGCAUCGCCGUCAACAAUGCCUACAUUCUGUAUAAGAUGUCGGACGCCUACCACGUGAAGCGGUACAGCCGGGCGCAGUUUGGCGAGAGACUGGUCAGGGAGCUGCUGGGCCUGGAGGAUGCCUCCCCCGGCCACUGAGGCCAUGCGGCUGCCCGGGCGUGGCAGGAAGAGGAGGGAGCCUGCCCAGU